AUGGAGUUCUGGUCCGCGCGGAAGCUGGGCGCUGUGCAGCGACGGCUAGUGCUGGGCGGUCCGCCGUCCGUGCCGCCGCCGCCGGGGGCCACGCGGGCGUUGGGCGGCCCGCCGUCCGCGCCGCUGCCGCUGCCGCCUCUCGUGGGCCUUGAGGGCGCCGGCAACAGCGCUGACAGCGCUGGGCGCGCCGCAGUGUUCGCUGGAAGUGAAUUUAUGGAGAGUGUUCGCUUUCAUGUUAAAUCAUGGUUACCUGCAAGAUCUAUUGUCCUGGAGUGUUUGCUCUCAAGAGGGGAGGUUGACCCAAGUGGAGAAAUCAUGGUUUUGGAUAGAUUCUGCCCGUGGAAGCUUCAUCUUUUUGAGCUUGAAGAGGAGCUGAAGAUUGAUCCUCUGACCAAGUAUGUGCUGUAUCAGGAUGUGAGGAGCCAGAGCUGGCGAGUGCAAGCUGUCGGUGUUGCUCCUGACAGGUUCGAGAGCCGAAAGGCUCUGCCGUGGAGGGGCAUGAGAGAUGAUGAACUGUCUGCCGAAACUGGCAUUCCCGGCUGUGUGUUUGUCCAUAUGAGUGGUUUUAUCGGGGGCAACAAGACCUACGAGGGCGCGCUGGAAAUGGCAAGAGCUGCUCUGAAAUGCUGAUUUUUUGAAGCAAAACAUCUAUCAGUAACAGUCUUUACCCAUGUUAGCGCUGGUUUAGUAAACACGAGUUUCAGCAACACAUUAUGCAAUUUUGGCGUAGCUGACAUGAGUCCUCAUCUUCUGUUAUCCUCAUCUUACGGAAGAGAUCGAUUUUUUGGCAAUCUGGUGAUGAUUUGAAUGCGGCAGUUUUAUUAAAAUGAAUGGUGGAACUUAUUCAUUUA